ACAUUAACUUAAGGCAAACACUCAAAAGCUAUUCACUUCACGUGGAUUGUUUCACAUUAACAGCUGACAGAUGAUUCAUUCGCAAGCUUCAGUCAAAAUUUGUUUCACUUGUUACUUUUGUCGUUUCUCAACUGAUUUAUUAGCUAAAGUUAUUUUAUUAUUGAUUUAGUUGUCCAAACCCAAGAUAACUUUGGUGUAUUUUUUUCUCAAUGGAAACUCUCGAUAAAAUAACUCAACUUUACCUAUCCAGAGCUGCAAUAAGUAAAAUUUUGGAUUCAAUUGAUUCUAAUCUAAACGAGGGUGGUUUAUCGGAAUGUGAUCAAGUUAAGUUAUUGAAAUUGACUAUUCUCCAUGAAGUUGCAAUCAAAUUUCCUGCCUGUCUAAAGUAUCGAUCUUUGUUUUUGAAAAAGCUGAUUGCUUUACUUGAGUCUCGUAAUAUUGAAAUAGCUGAAGCAAUUUACGUAAAUUAUACCAACCUAAUAGCAAAUAAUCAAGAGAAAGAUAUCAAUUAUACUUCUUAUUUAAUCAAAGGACAAGUAAUUACCGUUGAAGAUACAGAUAGUCUGGUUGAAGAGGGAACAACUGGUUUACAUUGCUGGGAAGCCGGGAAACAAUUCAUUUCAUUUGCUUUAAGUCAUCAACAUCUAUUUGAAAACAAAACAAUACUGGAGCUUGGUUCUGGUGUGGGUUUGACUGGAAUUGCAAUCAGCAAGUUAAUUAAUCCAAGCUUCUUUUAUUUCACUGAUUGUGAUCCUCAAGUGCUAUCACUCAUCCAACGUAAUAUUGACAUUAAUAAAUGUUCCAAUUGCAAAGUUUUACCAUUUCUUUGGAAAGAUGAAAACGACUCAAAGUGUUUGGAUACAAUCAAACCAGAUCUUAUUAUUGGUUCUGAUUUAGUUUAUGAUCCAAUUAUAAUUUCUGAUUUACUCGAUGUAAUCAACAGGUCAAAUCGUUUAAAAUUAUCAAUGAUAUUUCUUUUCACAGAUCGAAAAACUGAUGUUUUGUCGCAAUUUGAAAAAGCACUCAACUCUAACAAAGACUUGCAUUGGGAGGUUGAAAUCUUGCUAAUGGAUAAAGAUCUGUUUUUUGAUCAUUCCUCGACUGAAUUUAAAUUUCAUUUAUACAAGAUUAAUGUUUAAUAUAUUUUGUCAAAUUAAAACAAUUUAAAAAUCAUUGC